AUGUACUUCCGUAAGGCUGCCGCCGUAACAAGCCUCUUGGCUGCACUAUCCAGUGCACAACCCUCCGGUCCUGAACUAGCCGUCUAUUGGGGAGCAGAAGACGAUUCAACGACGUUGAAUGAUGUGUGUUCAGACAGUUCUUAUGGCAUUGUUAAUCUUGCCUUCCUCGACACCUUCUUUGCUGCAGGAGGUUUUCCCCAACUCAGCCUCAGCGGGUUGGACGGUCCAUCCCAAGCUCAGCAAAGCGCUGGUGCCACUGGUCUCAAGGAUGGCAGCAGCCUUGUAGAUGCUAUUCAGCAGUGCCAGUCGGCCGGGAAGCUGGUUCUUCUCAGCCUUGGUGGCGCUGGUGCCGAUGUUACUCUUCAGUCAGACUCUGACGGAGAGAAAAUCGCUGAUACGCUAUGGAAUCUGUUUGGUGGCGGCACUGAUAACCAAGAGCUACGUCCUUUUGGAGACAUUAAGCUUGACGGCUUUGACUUGGACAAUGAAUCUGGCAACCCCACAGGUUACCUAGCUAUGGUUCAGCGCUUCAAGUCCAACUUCCAAAACGACACGAGCAAGAGCUAUUUCCUCAGUGCCGCUCCUCAAUGCCCCUUCCCCGAUGCCUCGCAGCCUCAAGACGUUUGCAGCGAAUUGGACUUUGUCUGGGUCCAGUUUUACAAUAACGGCGACUGCAACAUUGCGCAAUCUGACUUCUUGAACUCUGUCCAGACUUGGAGCAGCGGUAUUGGCAACGCCAAGCUCUAUAUCGGUGCUUUGGCCAGUGGAGCCGAUGGCGAUCAGGGCUUUGCCGAUGCUAAUACGUUAUUGGGCGCCAUUCAAGAUGUGAAGAACAUGAACCUCCCCAACUAUGCAGGCGCCAUGCUUUGGGAAGCCCAGUUGGCGGUUCAAAACGGCAACUUCCAGCAGAAGAUUGCCCCUGGUCUGUAA